CAGAGGUGGUCUGUGCAUGUGUGAAUGUAAACUUCAUGAACAAGAGCGGAGCCGGCGACAGAGGCAACUUUCUGUGAGAAACAUGUCCAACGUGGAGCUGUGAUAGGCAUCUGAGCUAACAGCACACUACAGCUGACACGGUGAGAACCUGUUUAAAAGGAGGAGAUGGAAAACAAGGCCAUGUAUUUGAGCACAUAUGAAGAGAGGGAGAAUGGGUCCAUGUACGAAGAGGCCUACGACGGGCACAAUCUGUCCAAACUCAACCUGUGUGACGAAGGUGCCGGUACACGCCGCAGGAAGCAGGAUCAGUGCUGUGGACACCCCAACUCUCUGGCAGCCAUUAAAUACGCCAUUGUCUCCCUGUACAUCCUGGUCCUUCUUACCAUCCUGGGCCUCUGCCUGGCAGUGUCCAGGUCCCAGGUGUCAUCGCAGCGCCAGGGCUUAGUUCCGGAGAAUGCGACGCGGGUGUCAGAGCGCCCCCUGGUGGUGCAGCAGACGAUGGGAGAUCCCGCCACAGAGAGCGACCUUCUGGAGAACAUCUGGAAACUGGAAAACCUCUUCCAGAACCACAGCGACUGGUUACAGAAGCUGGACAUACUCAUGAAGGGCCUGGAGAUGGAGCUGAGGAGCAUGCAGGCUCACUCCCUUCAGUCAGAGGGUUACCUGGUGCAGCUGGACGACAGGCUGUCCUCUCUGAGUAACUCCGCCGGGCGAAACCUCACCAGUCUGUCUGCCCAAGUGACCCGUGCGUCGUCAUGGCUACGAGAUCAGGACUCACAACUCAGGGAAACCUCAGGACACAUGAGCAGUUUGAGGGAGAAGCUGGAUGAGGUGAACUGGAUGGUGGGAGCUGUCAAUCACACCUUCACCAAUGACAUCAGCAUGCAUCACUUAAAGAUACAGGACCUGCAGGUUCAGAUCAGUAACAUUACGGAGGACACCAGCAGUUUAUGGGUGACUCACGUGCACACAGAGGCCCAGCUCAGAGCGGAGAUGGAGAUUCUAAACACCAUCACCGAGGAUCUGCGCCUGAAGGACUGGGAGCACUCCAUGGCCUUCAAGAACCUCACUAUUCUGGAAGGGCCUCCGGGACCAAAGGGAGAGAAAGGUGAUAAUGGAGACCAGGGGCCCCCAGGGGCACCCGGACUGAGUGGACACAGAGGUGUAACAGGACCCAAAGGGAUGCAGGGUGCUCGUGGACUGAAGGGGACAGCAGGGGAGGCUGGGAUCCCAGGGGAAAAGGGAGACACAGGACCAGUGGGACCCAAAGGUGACAGAGGUGACCGAGGUUUGAAGGGAGAGAAGGGCGACCGAGGAGACAGAGGAGACACCAAAGUGGAGGAGACCCUUGUGCGGCUUGUGAACGGGUCGGGGCCACACGAGGGCCGGGUGGAGGUGUUCCAUGAGCAGCGCUGGGGCACGGUGUGUGACGACAUGUGGGACAAGAAGGACGGGGACGUGGUCUGCCGCAUGUUAGGACACAGGGGAGCAGCGGAGGUGCACAAGACUGGACGCUUCGGACAAGGCGCUGGGCUCAUCUGGAUGGACGACCUGGCCUGCACCGGGGCUGAAGACACCAUCCACCAGUGUGAGUUCUCCGGAUGGGGCAAGACCAACUGUGGGCACGUGGAGGACGCUGGGGUCACCUGUAUCAUCUGAGGACACACAAAGAGACUCCAAAUCUGACAAACAGACAAAUCAAAUGUGCCUUUGUUUUGGAAGCUGCACCACUUCCAGGUCGGCCAUUUUGUAGGAAGCCCGGGAAAAAGAAAGGAGACAGAUAAGACUUCUCAUGAGGAUUGCAGCAUAGCCCCCGUUGAGAUGUUGUGGUUGGUGAUUGGACCUGGUUGGAGACUCUUGGGGACUUGUGUGGACCGUGCUGUUGGACAUUUGGAUCCAUGUUGAAAAAGAAAGACUGAAAUCUAUGAAGGACUGGCCGAUUGAAAGGGCAGUUGUUGUUCACAAUAUGUUUAUUAUGAAGGGCUUUGCUUAACACACCACCACGUGCCACUUUUUAAAAUACUUCAUAAAAGCUAAUAUAUGCAUUUGCUGGUCAAAAGGAUCUCACAUUUUAGCACUUACUUUUUGCUUUUCAUUGAGUACAGUUGACCACAUAAUGCCACAUGUUGUAUUUUGAUACCAUUACAGUAUUUAGAUAAUUAGCCAUAAUAGUUAAUCAUAACAAUUUCUCUAUGUGACCUCAAGUCGCAGAAAGGGAACUCUUUUGGAUCAGAAAUCUCUUUUAUAUAUCCUAAACAGUAGAAUGUGGACCGUAUGGAGACAAAUAUGCAAAAAAAUACACCCUGCCUCACAAUUCCCAAGUACUGUAUCUUUAACCCCUCAUGUUUCUUUCAAGACUGCAGUAGUGCCAUAUGUGCAUUAUGCCGGUAUAAAACAUUCCUUUAUGUUUGUCUGACCAGCCAGUCCCUUCUACAUUCUGUUCAAAUCCAGAAGGAUCUGGAAUCAGACCAAAGAGCUCGUAAAAACUCCCAUCCAAAUGUGCCGCUAAUGUGUAUCAUGUGUCUCUCAAAUGCAGAAGACACCUCCUCUCGGAACUUAUCUCAGUUUAUGUUUUAUAUAAAAGUUUGGUGCUUUGAUUGUUGAUUCUACAGAAAUCCAUGGUGUUUCUCAGUCCUCUGUGGGGUUUUUUCCCCUCCUAAGCCACCAUUUUUGUUUUCAUCUGAAUGGACCAUUCAUCUCUCUGAUUGGUUUAUCAACCUGUCAAUCACACCUUCUGGAAUCAGGAAGACAGGAUAUAGCUCAUCUUUGUAAAACUUUGUCAAAGCGUGUGGCACUGACUGGUCAGGUAAAGUUUAUGUAACACCAUACACAUUUUAGCAGCUGAGAUUGUGUCCUUUUGCACUAAAUAUAAAAUUAUAAUUUGAUAAGUAAACAGCACAAAUAUUUUGCCCAUUCACUGCCAAAGGGACACUCUUAAAAUUAUGCAUGAACUUGUGCCACUGUCCAAAGGAUUGCAGUGGCACAUAUAAUAUAUAUAUAUAUAUAUAUACACAUAAAAAUUACUACUGUUUAAUAGUGUAAACUUUCAUAUAACAUGCAUUUAUGGCAAUUGGCAAGUGUCCCUGAUCCAACGCCAAUAGAAGAGAUACCUCUUUUGUACUCUUCUGAAAAAGGUACAUUAGAACAUGUUUUAAUAUGUCUAGACCAUUACAUUUUAAUUGCAUUUACGCAUUCAGCUUUAUAGGACUUAAAAUUCAAUUGUUCCACAUAAAAAAAGAUAUUUGUUGAGUUGAUUUAUUGCUCGCAACUAUGCAGACAAAUGUGUUCUCUACCUCAAUGCUUUUCGAAAAUAUACUUGUAAUAAAAUAGCCUUAAAAGGGAAGGAAUCAUACAAGUUUCUAUAGCAAUACAUGAGGUUGAUGUGUUUUUCAAAUCUCGGUCCAAAAUAGCAAUGAUUGAUUACUAAACCACACAUUCUACAAAAUAUUCUGCAUAAGGACUAACUUGAUCCAGCUCAGCAUAAUCAUAAUUGUUCUCACAUGUUGAAAAUGGCUGCACUUCAAAGCUCCUUAUACGGGCGUCACAUCCUGUUUGGCCUCUCAGUACAGCUGAAUGUGUUUUGACUGACGUUCAGACGAGGCCUUUCACUUCUCAUCAGGGUGAGACGGAGCCCACUCAUUGGUUGGAGACUGUGUUUUGACCUGCACCAGUGUUGGUCACAGAGGUCAAAUAGUUCACAACAUGCAGUCUCAUGCCUUAUUUUGGAAGAUAGUUGUUUUUAUGUAAAGGGCUGUUUGACAUUUGUUCUGGCCAUGUAACAUAACAAACUUUGUAGAGAAGUCAGUUUUGUUUUUUCAUUUGUUAAUUUUGCAAAGAAAUAGUAUGUCUCUUUUUUGUUCUUUGUUUUGUUUGUUUUUCUGUUCUGACAAUUCUGUUCUGACAGUUCAAUAAAAUGUCAGUCUUCACAGUGUUCCUCUUCAGCUGGUGGUGAGCAGAGAUGUGGCAGCUAUUCUGCGGUUAUGACCUGACCACUACCAAACGAGGAUUCAGCCCUACAAUCACACAGACAAGGGGAUUUAAGUGCCCUGCCCAAAGACACAAGGGCAGUGUGCAAUGCCAGUAUAGAGUUAAGCUUCACCUUUUAGUGUGUGGCUGUUGCAGUAUUUCAUUCAAAGUUUUAAACAUAAACCAGUUUCACAGUAAUAGAAUCAUAUGUUACUGAUACGGUAUUAUUGUUUCCUUUUUUCAUUGCACUUUCAGUCUCAUCCAGUUAAAACUUUUUGUAUAAUAAACUGUGUCAGAAAUGUUCUAAUUUACUUGAUAUCAGCUGUUUUUUCUCUAUACAUAAUUAAGGACAAGGCUUAUGUAUUUUAGGACAACGUCUACCAUUUUAUGUAUUGUAAAACAUUAUUUACCUCUCCAAAACAUUGUCCAGAGCCACCAUUUGAGUCUGAGAAAUUCAGAUUCAAUACACAAGACUCUUUUAUUUUAACAUGUUAAACUUUUCCACUUAAGAGUUGUAUAUGCACUGAAAUAAUAAAAUACAGCUUUGUU